AUGAGCCAAAAACUAUUUAGCUCUUUGUUCUGCACAGCAAGCCGAGAAACCGGCGGAAUCAAAGGUGGUUUUACAGAUCCAAAUGGUCCAAUGAGUCCUGAUAGACCCGGUGGAGCAUUUGGUUUCGGCGGAGGAGGACUCGGUGUGGCUAUACCGCCGAACAUGAGAGGAAGAAGAGAUCUACAAGGUGCAAACUCAUUUUAG